CAUAAAAGACGUGUUCGCCAGCCGCCGGCGGCGGCGGUUCGUGAACAAGUAGCAAAUCUGCCAUGGAAAAUCAACAAGUAGCAAAUCUCAAGGUACGUAAUUUAUUACAAAUCAUAAAGCUUCGACUUUCCUACCACUCUCUAUCAACAGAUUGUAUAUUAAUUGGGGAAUUAAUAUAACAAAUCUGUUAAUUUAAUGUGCUGUGAAAAUGUUAAUAUGUUACAUUAGCAUGUGUUUGUUAUGUACAAUAAUGCAAUAUGCAGAAGAAGAAAAGAAUUAUACGAAUAUAGAUUCUCUUCCGGACGAAAUGUUGUUCCGGAUUCUUCUAGAGCUCGAACCCCGAGAAUUAUACGAAUCCGCCAUGCUCGUUUGCCGGAGAUGGUACAAGAUCAUCGACACACGUAAUUUCAUACAAGAGCACCUCGAGCAUUCCAGGCCCGGACUUUUGAUCGUGGGGUCAAAUUACAAAUGUCCAACUUUUGUGAGUGUAAGUGCGGGACGAGGAGGUGGCAAAAUCGACAAGUUCGACUACCCUCACAAAUUCAGCUCCUUAUAUUGGCUUACUUGUAACGGCUUGGCAGUGGAGGAGUACGACCACCCCUCAAAGCGCAACGGCAAUACUUACAAUCAUUUCAUCAAGAAUCACACGACUAAUAAAAGGUUUGCGCUCCCUCCAUUUUCCGGUUACGACUAUUAUUCAUGCAUGGGCUAUGCUCCGGCUUCAAAUGAGUAUAAAGUGGUCCGACUAUACCCCCGCAAUCUCGAAAGUUCCAUAUUGACUUUGGGAGUUGACAAGUCUUGGAGGUACAUUGACACCACACACAUAUCUUCCGAAGAAGUUGCGAAGCUUCUCAGGUAUAGACCAUUGGUUACCGAAGGUUUUGUGCAUUGGGUUGGCUGGGGUAGAACUUGUAUCCUGAGUUUGAACAUACAGACUGAGAUUAUUACAGAAACCCGAAUUCCCCAAGAACGUCUCCGUAUUACAAUAUUUUUAUCGACAUGGAGGUCUGUGACUAUGCUCAGGGGAUCGAGGAGUGGAUUAUCGUGGGAUGUUUGGGAGAUGACGAUGAAACCAAACGGAAAGAGUGGGGAAUGGAAGAAGGUUCCAGAGAUCGAUUUGGAAGCUCAAAAGUGCAGAAUGGAACAGCACUUGGAAUGUACUCUUGUUCCCGAGGGACUCUACCCGGUUGGGUGGUUAAAUUACAUGGAGGUGUUGGUGUUGUGUAUUUCCGAGAAUUGGUCUGCGGGCAAGGAUUGUGUGUUCUAUAAUGUCGGUACACAAGAAAUCCAGUUUUUCAACUUGGGUUGUGUUCGUGCCGCUUACAUUCAUAAGAACAGCCUCGUAUGGUUCGAUCAUACUUAGAUCACAAUUUUCUUUUUACCGUCUAGUUUU